CUGUACUCUCCACACUCCUGGUUUCUAUACUGUCUCACUCUUUCCUACAGAUUCUGAUGUGAUCCUGGAGAACAUUGUUCAUCCUCUGACUGAUGGAGAUCCUCUGACUCUCGCUGUUUAUAUCGCUCAAAGCCCUCAAACCUCACAGCCGAUUUCUAUACGGGCGGAUUUCUCCUCCAGACCCAGACUGCAGGAGAGAUGACCAUCAGUUCGGUCUCUAAGUCACAUGAAGGCCUCUAUCACUGUAAACACCCAGAGAAAAGAGUCACCAAAGAGCUGGAUCUCAGUCAGAAUCUCAGGUUCUGAAUCUAGUCAUUGAACAGCAGGAGUCGUGUUGGCACUGAGUUUAACCUUUUUGAUUAUUGUCAUACUGGGCCUGUUUUGGUGGUGUUACAAGAAGAAGAAAGGAUCUUUAACUCCACCUGCUGGAAAUCAGCAGAACACCAGUCAGAGCCAGAGGCUGUCGGGACCUGAGAGCUCUCACUCAGCAUCAACUGCACUGCAGGCUGAUUAUCUUUGUCAACAGUGGCACAGUGGCAGACCAGCCCAGUGAUGUAACUUAUGCUGUGACUACUAAAAACAACCUCAGAGGAAAAGAUAAUGCUGUGAGGGAUGUGACAUAUUCCCAAAUUAAGGUGAAAAGCUUGGAAGGUAAAGAUGAUCCAGUUGAAACCAGCGAUGUGACUUAUGCUGAAAUUGAACUGAAAGCCUAGAAGAAGGGAAAGAAAGAGCAAGACAGGGACUGUUUGCUUAAAGGGAAGACCACCGCAGAUGCAGAUACUGUCUACUCAGAACUGAAGGAGAAUACAAACAAAGGUCCUCAAUGUAUUCCUAUUACCUUACAGAACAUGACUGAGGUGUUCAGCAGUAACUGUGAGGCCGUCCUGCAGCGCACUGUAGGUGCGACUGCCGCUGAAUCAGGCAGCCAAGCUGGAGAUCUAGAAGAGCUGUAUCAGAUCAGCGACACCUGCCGUUUCAUUCAGAGUAAACAUUUCAAGAAGGUAGCUUUGCAGUUUCCAGAUGAACUUCUAGUAGAUGCUGUAGCAGUCUCUGCAGCGAUAGAGAAGGAGACUAGAGUAAAGGUGUAUAUUUUAGGCGACACCUCCUAUGGCAGCUGUUGUGUAGAUGAAGUAGCUGCAGAGCAUGUAGGGGCCGACUGCAUCGUGCACUACGGCCGUUCAUGCCUCAGUCCGUCCAGAAGGCUUCCCCUCAUGUAUGUGUUCGGGAAGAGACCUAUCGACGUUCAGAAGUGUGUUGACACAUUCAGAGAGCUCUACCCUGACACUGAGAGUCAUGUUGUCGUAUUAUAUGAUGUCACCUACUCGCAUGCCAUAGAUGCCUUCAGAAAGCUCUUGAGUGCCUCCUAUCCCAAAACUGUCUUCUCUGUUCUAAAAGCUGAUCAUUUUGAUGGUCAAGAACAAAUCCAUGGACUGGUUGCAGGUGAUGCUAAUUCAGACUGUAUGGACGACACAGUCGUUCAUAAAUUUGGCAGAGAGUUUUGUUUGGCAGAAGGCAAGAGUGUAGAGGACUACAGCAUGUUCUACGUUGGUCGUGAGGGUCUCACUCUUGCCAACUUCAUGAUGACCUGGAACCGCUGUGCCUUCUGCUCAUUUGACCCUGAAACGUCCACCGGGCGAAAUGAAUCGAUUAAUAUCAACAAGGCGCUGAUGAAACGCUACUAUGCCAUUGAGCGGGCAAAGGAUGCCAAUGUGGUGGGCAUCCUGGUGGGCACACUGGGUGUGGCCAACUACCUGAGCAUCAUUGAACAGCUGAAAGAGAGUAUUCGUAAGGCUGGCAAGAAAAGCUACAUGUUUGCAAUGGGCAAGAUCAAUGUGGCCAAAUUAGCCAAUUUCUUGGAGAUCGAUGUGUAUGUGUUAGUUGCUUGUCCAGAGAACUCACUGCUGGACUCAAGUGAAUUCUACAGGCCAGUGGUGACACCCUUUGAGAUGGAAGUGGCCUGCAAUAAGCAUCGGGAGUGGAGUGGAGAAUACGUCACAGACUUCCGAGACCUGCUUCCUGGCGGGAGCAGUCAUGUGGACUUCCCAGAGCCAGAUGAGUCUGCUAAUGAAGAGGACAUAACAGAUGUGUCACUGAUCACUGGUGCCCUGCGUGCUUCCUGUUUACGUCCGACAGACGGCUCCUCAGGGUCUUCGUCACUUGUCAUCAGGAAUCAGACUCUGACUGUGGCCAACACAAAUACUGCAGCAUCGUUUCUUGCUGGCCGUAGCUGGCAGGGUUUGGAGCCUAAGCUGGGGGAAACGCCGGUAGAGAAAGCUCUGGAGGGAAGACGAGGUAUUGCUAUUGCUUAUGAAGAGGAGGGUACAGACAGCAGAGACUGCCUCAUCUGACUGUACCACAGCACAGUGCACAGCAGUGUCUCUGCAGUACAGAAGGAAAUGAGAAAUGCUCUCCACUGCAGCAUAUUAUGUCAUAUUGCAGUGCAUUGGAACCACACAUAAAAUUUUAAUACAUGCCCUUUUUUGGGCAGUGCAGCUGUUGGACUUCUGUGUGUGUGCCGUGCUGCUGAAAGAUAAAGGUGCAGUAUUACAAACUUAAGCACUAAUGUUUCAGUGGUUAGGUGAGUAAGGAAAAGCUAUGAAGGACCCAUAUAUAAACCAAAACGGAGUUUUUGGUGAGCAGGUGGGUGAGUACAUCGUAACAUAAGAGUGUCAAAACACAUUAUGCCCAGAAAAGCAUAUUUGGACAAUUUCAAUCCAAUACCCUCUUAUUAUUCAGCCCUGCUGAACCCAUAUAUCUAUAAUCAAUUUACGCAAAGCUACAAUUACCUAUCGUCUACACAAUUAUCUAUAUAUAAUUUCUUGAGUCCAUCAAGAACCAAUGUAAAAGCUAUAAAAUCUGUACAGUCAUAUGUGAAAGUUUAGGUACCUGGUCACAUUCUACACUCAGCAUAUUUAUUUGCUGAGUUUAACAUAUUGUAAAAAAUUAAACAAAUGUGGCAUAUGCAAAGGUUAUGGCAGAUUUUGUAUCUUAUUUUCUGAUGUGUAUUUUAUGCAAAUAAACAAAUCAUGCACAGAAAUUUGCCGGAAAAAGGCAGAACGUGUGUUAAAGGAGUACUUGGAAAACAAAACAUGUACUUUGACCAGGGGUGUUCAACCUUUUGCAUAUGACUGUAGCUGUAAACCUGAAGGGUGGCCACGUAUAAUUAAAGAAGUUCUUUAAAUAAAUAACAGGAAAAAAAACAGAAAAUAAAGCUGUCUUGCUGAUGUCCUCUUUUUCAUGAACUUUAGAGAACUUUUCUCCCUCAGUUCCACUUCUUCUUUUCUCGUCUUUUAUGGGAAAACGUGUGGUACUUUCAAAUUUCUUCCUGAUGUCAGACAGUGAUCAGUCAUACAUCAACUAUUUCUGUUCUCUUACAAACAUUAAUGUGUCCAUCAUAUUUAUUUUUUUUGUGCAUCUUGAUUUUCCUCCACAUUAAACUUUAUUUAAAAACAAAGAGAAAAUAAGUUACAUUGAACAUCAGCAUGAAAUCAAAAUGAGCUUUUUUCCUUUUUCGCUUAUUUCUCUGCUUACAUGUAGCACAAUUCACAAUGUCUUACAAUUGAAAAGAAAACUUUUCCAUCAGAAUCGAAUCUAGAGAAUUUCCCUCUCUUUUGAUUUUAUCACUGUGCACCCAUGGAUAGCGAGAAAUAAUGUUGCCCACCCCCACCUAUCAUUGAACAAACAUGCUCAGCUAGCUUAGAGACCCUCCCUGAUACUUAGAAAUACAUCACAGUGAACAUGCAUGUGACAUUAACACGUAAAGACAUAUGACAUGGAGUUCGGGAAAACUUCCACUAAAUUAGAGGCGAUGACCCUGACUUUUAAAUGAUUAUUUGAGGCUUUAGGGUAACUCACAACAGUGCAAGAUAAACUGGAAAAUACAAUGUAGGAUAUGGACUCAUUAGCAUUCUGUAAAAGUCAGCUCAUCAGGUUUUCAAGUGUUCUUUAAGGUGAUUUAUUUGCAUCAAAAUAACACUUCUAAGUGUAAUUUUUAAAUGAUACAAUCAUUUGUAAACUCUUGUUAAUGUGUAGUUAAAUAGUAAAUAUUAAUAUGUAACACACCAGCUGUAAGUACUGCAGAUGAGCACUGUUAGGUGAUUUUACACACAGUGAUAUCUGAUUAAAACACUGGUGCAUAAAUAUGAGAUUAUUAUGGAUUUGUUAUGUCAUUCAGCAAUGACUCAGUCUACGGAUCUAUAACAAAAGAUGAUGGAAAGAUACCAGUCUUCCCGUUGCACUCCCCUUCAAACCAUUCUUCAUUGACUAGAGUGAAAAAUGAAAAUAAUAAAAUUACGUUAAUAAAAAUGCAGAAACGUGUAGUUCAGUGCACGUCUGCAGUAUAGGAAUAUAAAAAAUUCAGCUAUAUGUCUUACCCUUAGAAAGGACGGUGAUGACAUCACCUUUACUGAACGCCAGAUCUUCUGGUGUGGAGGCCUCAUAAGAGUACAGAGCCACCAUUUUCUUUCGAGUUUCACUUCUGUCCUAGAACAAGGAGGGAGAAAGAGUGAUGUGCAAUAAAGAAGUGGGCUAGUUAAAAUAUUUUGUCUAUAAUACAUUAACUAUGUGUUCACAUAAUAUGCAAAUCACUGUUUGUUAUUUAAAAUAUGUUGUCAAUAUAUAUAAUCAGCUCUGCAGAGAACUGCUGAUCUUUACAGUGGUGGUGAUGGGAAACAGAUGUCAAUCAAAUAUGGCCAAUAUUUACUGUCCAAAUGCUCAGUGAACCUACAUGUGUCUUCUGAGGUUUAUAUGCAGGUUUAUAGGCUCGAUUUGUGGGGGAUGUAAGUGGAUGCCAGACAAAAGAAAACGAGACAAACCAUCCCACUUGUAAAAGUGACCAUCCCCCAUGGCCAUCCCAUUUGGAUUAAUGCGAUAUCACUUAAGAUUUCUAUUACUGACAUUUUCAUUCUAUCCAUAUGUGACAUUUACACCCCACAGGAGUAAAUUAUGUAACACUGCAUACAGUGAGCAGUACUAAGCAGUUGGAGAGUAAAGCAUUUUGCCAGACACCACAAAACAGCUCAAUAUCUGAAAGGGGACGCAACUGAUCCUAAUCGUACCUCAUGACAAUAGUGUUGAAAAAUUCCUGCAUGCAAAACUGUACUGAUUAAAUGGUUUAACUCCUGUUUGAUGGCU